UAUCGGCAAAUUUCACAAUUACUUUAUUGCAGAAGAUUGUGCCGAUUUGCUACUCGGUUCCAGUUGGUUACGAUGAACUUUGUAACGGCAUGUUAGUUGUGACGAUCACUCCUCGCUGGCGCCUCCGUGCACGGUAGUUUCAUUUUUCGUCAGGGUGUUAUUUGCGUCUCUCGAAUUGGAAGCAAACAGUCGCAAAAACUAGCAAAUGGAUAUCGUUAUCAAACUGAACAGCCAAACGGUUGGAAAAGACAAAAUUGCAAGGCUGUGUCAAUAUUCCUGCCGGGCAUUAUGGGCCAGAAAAGAAGGAUCGGAAUCGCUCGAAACGAUUAAGUUGUUGAAACACAUUGAAAGCAUUUUAAGUUCAUUCCGCAAAUUGCUACGCUUCGGAAAAGGCUUUGAAGUACUGUACGGUGCAAUCGGAAGUCUGAAGUCCAAAGAGCAUUGUAACCAUCUGUUUAUUGUGCUUGGAAAGCUAGCGUCGGGAUUGUUCCUGCUAGCUGACCAUGUCGUAUGGCUAUCCCGGUCCGGAAUAAGCAAAGACAUCAACACAGCUCAAUGGGUCAAUCGUUCGAAUCGUUUUUGGUUGAUUUCGAUCCUGUUCAAUCUCUGCCGGGACGCGCAGGAACUGUACCGGCAGUUCGUGUAUUACAGUCGAUCAAACGUUCGGAAUCUACGAAGGACGCUUUACGCAUUCUAUCGCGAAAACCAACCGCUUCUUGUCGACACGCUCAAGAACGUUUGUGACGUAUGUAUUCCAUUGAACGGGCUGGGAAUCAGGCUUGUAUCGGAUGAAACCAUUGGGAUACUAGGAGCAACUUCUUCCUUAUUGGGACUGUUACCGUUACUGUAUCCAAGAUUAAAGUUUUAGAGAUAGGGUUUGACAAAAUUGGAAUUGGUGAAAGGUGCUCAAUCUGGUGCGGUAAAGUAUGAAAUCUAUUCGCAGGGACAAAUAUUUACUCAGGCGUGGGACAUUUUUGUAAAACUAUUUUUCGCGGACAAAAUACACAGUUUGAUAUCGUU